AUGGUGGAACAAGAUGAGUUCAGAAGAUGUCCAGAACAAAGUAAAUUUAAUUCAAAAACUAUAGCUGAAGACCAGAAUAAUAAGGUUAAUGAACAAAGCUCCCAACAAAUGUAUGUGGAAAACUUGAAGAACUUCUUCCAGAGAAAAUAUCCCAAUGAAUCAAAAGAUGAAAUCAUGGUUGGAAUUUUGGAUCAUAUGAAGAACCAAUUCUUCUCUACGUUUCCAACAAAAACAUCAAAAGAUGAGGGUUCAUCUAUGAAGACAAGCUCUUCAAUGGGAUCAAUGGGUUUGGAAGGAGAAGGUCAAGUAGAUGAAGCCACUGCAGAAGAUUCAUGGUAUGCAAUGAUUCAAUCUAUGAAAGUAAAAGGAAAAAUAAAGAAUUAA